AUGGCUAUAACGGUUGUCAUGGCGACAGAAGAAACAGAAAAAACAGUAGAAACAGAAGAACCAGAAGAAACAGUAGAACCAGAAGAAACAAAAGAAACAGAAGAAACAGUUGAACCAGAAGAAACAGUUGAACCAACAGUAGAACCAGAAGAAACAGAAGAACCAGAAGAAACAGUAGAACCA